UCCGUUAAUGGAUUGUGACAGUGUCUUUAGUAGAUAAAUAGAUGGGCAAGUCCGAAGGAUUUCUCACACCCAAAGCGAUAUCAAAGCGUAUUAAAGCAAAAGGUUUACAAAGACUGAGAUGGUACUGUCAAUUGUGUCAGAAACAGUGUAGGGAUGAAAACGGUUUCAAGUGCCAUACAGAGUCGGAGUCCCACCAAAGAAUGAUGCUUCUUUUUGCUGAUGCUCCAGGGCGCUUCGUGGGACAGUACUCGACAGAAUUUCGAAAUGCGUUCUUAGAUGUGUUGAAGCACCGUUUCGGUACCAAAAGAGUUCAUGCUAACGUCGUAUAUCAAGAAUAUAUUAAAGACAGAGACCACGUACAUAUGAAUAGCACAAGGUGGUCAACUUUGACAGGUUUCGUAGCUUAUUUGGGACGUGAAGGAUUCUGUGAAGUUGAAGAAACAGAACAAGGUCUUUUCAUUCGGUACAUUGACAAGCAAGCAGCAGAGAGGUUCCAGAGAGCAAGAGAGAUAGAAAAGGAUCGCCUGAGAGAAGAGCAAAGACAAGAGCAAAUAAUAAGGAAGCAACGAGAGGAGGCAUUAAAGAGAGAAGCUCACAAUUUGGAACGUAAUAAGCCAAUUCCAGAGAACUUGUAUUACCGCCCUUCUGAUAAGAAAAUUAGUUUGUGUUUGAAGCCCGCACAAGCUCGUUUGGCCGAUGAGAAUAUUGAGGAGAAGGUAUCCCCUCUUACGCACUCUCCGGCUGAGAAUAAAUUUCAAGAGGACACUAAAGAGCAGGGAGUUACUUACAAGCAGUUGAAUUGGCUAGAAGAAAAUUUAGUUGUUCGAGUCAAAAAUACAGAACUGGAGAACGGGUACUACUUCAAACGAAAAGGAGUUAUCAAGGAAGUUUUCGAUUUGUAUAUUGCGGAUGUUGAAAUUUUGCAACUGGGAGACUUGAUUCGUUUGGAUCAGGAAGAUUUGGAACCAGUUAUUCCACAGCCAGGAGGUCAAGUAAGAGUAAUAUAUGGAGAGAACAAAGGUACUAAUGCCACAAUUUUAUCCUUGGAUAUGGAAAGGAAGACAGCCUGUUUGAAGCCAGAAACACAGUCGGAAAGCAGUUUAAUGCUUAAUGAUGUGCCUCUACAGUAUAUUUGCAAAAGAGCUCAAUAGAUGAUAUUUGUAUUGUUUCGAUGAAGUUUUCAAGUAGAGAAUGUAGUUCGCAAAGUUUUAUGUAUGAUUUCGUUAUAGUCAAAUACCAAUAUCUUGUUUCAUAUUUCAGAUCGACAACAUUCGUUACAGGACUGCUGCACGGUUAAAAACUUGAGAAUUUAUAAUUUUUGUAUAUCUGGUCAAGCUCUUGUUUUACGGAAGGUGGAGAACUAUCUCUGCUAGAGACUGUAUUUCGCUGGAAAAGUAUAUAGGAAAAAAAUCUCCAGAAGCCGAACUACAAUUAUUCCAAUGUUGUGAAAUUUGAGAAAAGUUCAAGUUUCUGUUGAUAAAUAUUUUGAAAGCGAGUCACAUUCUAUACAUAGAAAGUAAAGGAGACACAAAUCCA